UUGGUGACUACUUUAUUUCACGACUUAACUGUUUACAUUGACCAUCAUGGCUGCCAAGGCUUCACUUAUUAUAAGACUUGUUUCUGCCUCAGUAGCAGUCUCAAACAGAGCUUGUCAAAUAAUUAGAGAUGUUCUCAAGAAAGGAGAAUUGGGGAUUGUCGAAAAGGGUAAAAAUGAUUUACAAACAGAAGCAGACAGAUCUGCACAGAGAUGUAUCAUAGCAUCUCUACAUAAACAGUUUCCCAAAGUCUCAAUUUUUGGAGAAGAGACAUUAGAUCCCUCAGAAAAAAUUCCAGAAGAAAUGUUUGAAUUGGGAUUUUCAGAAGAAGUUCUUGAUCAUGACUGUCCAGAAUAUCUUAAAGAUAUAAAAGAUGAAGAAAUAGUUAUAUGGGUAGACCCUCUUGAUGGAACAGCUGAGUAUACACAGGGUUUAUUAGAUCAUGUGACCUGUCUGAUUGGUAUUUCAGCAAGAGGUCAUUCAGUAGCAGGCAUCAUAAAUCAGCCAUUUUAUAAUUAUAAAGCUGGACCAGAUGCAGAAUUAGGCAGAUGUAUUUGGGGGGUUAUUGGUUUAGGGUCAUUUGGAUUCACCAGAGAUGUGUUACCUAAAGAUGAAUUCAUUGUCACAACCUCUAGAUCUCAUUCUGACCGACUAGUAACAGAAACUGUUGAGGCUUGUGAGCCUACAAGUGUGGUGAGGGUAGGAGGGGCUGGUCACAAAGUUCUAUUGCUGAUAGAAGGGAAAGUCCAUGCAUAUGUUUUUGCAAGUAAAGGAUGUAAGAAAUGGGACACAUGUGCCCCAGAAUCUGUAUUGGCAGCAGUUGGUGGACGUUUAACUGAUAUGCAUGGUUUAAAAAUGUCAUAUGGUGCAGGAGUUCAACGAAAAAAUACAGGUGGCAUUCUUGCUACAGUUUCAGAUCAUGAGUAUGUUGUCAACAAAGUUCCAGAACAUGUGAAAGAGGUUUUUGAUAAAAGCGUUGAGGCCCAAGAUUGGCCAGAGUUUGAAUUAGCCAGAAUACAGCACAUGAAUGAAAAAGAUGUUGACCAAGGUAUUAAGAGAAAGAAAACAGACACACCAGAUUCUGAUUCUAGCAGAUCUACAAAAAGUGACUUGUUAGCUGAUGAAACUCUGGAUACCAAGCUUUAGAUAAUUAAAAUGUCUAGGUUAUUUAUAAAUUUAGGGAAAAUUAAUUCAUUACGUAGGAUCAUUUUAUAUAUUGAUAAUUAUAAAUGUACUAAACAGAAAUUAGCUUUAGUGAUGCAGUGCAUCAUAAUCAUUGUUACAAUAUAAGAAAUAAUAUACUAUUUUUACUUCAAUUGUUUUUGCAUAUUCUAAUUUUAUUUUUGUUGUAAAAAUUUACUACGUAUGUAUUGCCAAACUUUUGUUUCUUAUGUACCUGUUGUUGUGUAUUAUAUUUUUCUAUAUAUCUGUAUAAAAAUUGUUAGUUUUCUAAUUUUUUAUUCAAAUGAAGAUAGAUAUCAUUUCUCAAAGAUGUCAUAUUAUAAUAGUUAUACUGCUGCAAAUCAAAUUAAUGUCUGAAAAUUAUAUAUAAAAUAAAAAUUUAAUGAAUAAUAAGGAGAUAAAAAAUAAAACGAAAAUAUACUAUACUAUAAAAAAUAAAGAUAUAGGUAUUGUAAGUUUUUUUAAUUAAGUCAUCUAGUCAAAUAAGCUACCUUAGUUUUGUUGUAGAACAUUUGUAAGUAAUCUCACAAAACUGAACUCCUUUUAAACAUCGUUAUAUAUGCAUGGUUUCUGAUUUGGUUAUAACCUGUGUAAAAAAUGACUAACAAAUGGUGGAGGACCUUCUACACAUAUUUUUAUUUGGCAGUAACAUAAGGGAAAUUAAGUUGUUAAAUUUUUUCUGAGACAUUUUUGUGAAUAUUAACCAAUCUGUGAGAAAGAAGUCUGAAUAAAUUCAAACCAUUCUAUAUAUUUUUUGGUUUUGGAAAAACAUGCAGAGACAAUUUAUGAAAUAGACAAUCUUACUUAGUUUGAUAAUUUCUGUAACAAUGAAGAAAUCAACAGAGAAACCAGUUUUGAUUUAUGUAUGUUAUUUGUAAAAAAAAUAUCACUGUGCCAAGAAAAUCACAUCUUAGUACUGCAUUAUAUGGGUGAUUGAGAAAUAUUUAUGCUUUUGUUUUAUCUUUUAUCAAUAAGUUACAUUUUGAAAAAAAAAAAAAAAAAUCAAAGUCACAAUUUAUUUUUCUUAAAGUUUGGCUUAAAUAUCACAUUACUGCCUAGAAUUGACAGCUUAUAAUGGUUUUACCAUUUAAAAGUUUCCCCACAAUAUCAACUGUAAGUUUUAAAAUUAAUGUUAGAAUUUGUGCUUCCAUUUAUUAACUUAUUUAAGGCUUUUCAAUUUUCAAAAUUAAAUGCAAGAACUUAACUGUUUUUAUACGCCCGUUUACGGGACGUAUUAUGGUAUACCGUUGUCAGUCCGUCGUCUGUCCGUCCGUCCGUUGUCAACAUGUCGGACAUUAACUCAAAAACGCUUUAACCAAUUUGCAUGAAACUUUAGUGAAUUGUUUAUAUCUAUUGACAUGAGCUCCCUUUUGAUUUAAAUAAAUUUUAGAUUGUACUUUUCCGAGUUAUGGGGCUUUAUUCAUUAUAAAAAGGGGGAUUUUCCAGUUUUCAAACAAUAACUCAGAAAUGCUUUUACCAAUUUAUAAAUUUGAUAAGACAGUUUUAAAAAUUGCCAAUGAAUUUUAUAUUUUACUUGGAAUUGUUCCUUAAUAGUUUUAUUUAUUCUCCAUACAGACAUAGUAUUUUAGUUGUGACAGGGAAAUGACCACUCACUUUCUGUUUGGGACUCAUAAUUUUUACACGUCCUACCUGCUAUGAUGUCAGAAUGUUUGUUUUUCUUUAGUAUCAUACAAAGAUAUGAUUGUAUUAAUAUAUUCAUGCUUAUAUUUACAUGUAAUGAAUCCGAAAUACAGCAAAUUCAUAAAUAUCAGCAUUAUUUGGUGACAUAAUAAACUGCUAAUGUUUAUCAACUCAAUGAAUACAAUAAUUACAUCAUAGUUACCAGUACUUUUGAAAAGGGCAUUUUAGUGGUAUAAAAACUGCCCAAGAAAUCAUAUUUUUUGUUGCUCCAGUCAUUAAAUUCAAUGAAAACAAUGCCUUCAAGUAGUUGCUAAAUUAUAGUGUCAGUAUUUAAUGUAAAUUGUACAGUGAAAUUUGUAGGGGAAAUGUUUAUAAACAAAAUUACAAUAGAAUCUGAAUCUGUUAUAGAUUAUUUAUCGAGAUAAUUGUAAACAUAAUUCAUUAGAAUGUGAAUAUGAAUAUCAAUCCAUAUUAAAAGGUUAAUAGAAGUAUUUUGGUAGCAGUGAGUCUGACAUUUGAUUACAUGCUACUAGUAUAAAUAAUGUUUAUAAAACAUAUUAAAAGAAAAAUCUCAUGCAAGUCAUUAACAAUUCAGUAAGACUAAUGAUAAUUUUUGGUAUGAAAUUUUUUCCUGAAGAUUGUUCUUUGAAGAAAAGAUAACAUUAGGGAUAAGUAAUGGUAGGAUAUUUUUUAUUUCUAUAGGAAGAUGCAGUUUAUAUCUUAUGUAUUGUGUCUUAUAAAUUUAAGUAAAAAAACAUGCAUUACAUCCACUUUUAUUCAUACAUUAAUUUCAUAUUUUACUAUAUAUGUCAAGGAAGGAAAGAAAGAUUUAUUUAUUUUUAUGUGUUGCAUUGACAUGAAGAUAGAUUGAACUCGUAAUAAUUAGGUUUGAUAGAUAAUAGUCUAUUGGCCAAUUCCAUAAUUGACUUAUUAAUGAGAGAUCCAUUUGUACAAGUUAUUACUCUUCAGAGGGACAUACAAUUUCAGUGCUAAUGAAGAGCAUACAGAAAGAGCAAAUUUAUCUGCGUGUUAUGUGUGUAAUCUGAAAGUUUUUCAAAUCUUUGAAAUACAUUUAAACUUUUGUUAAACCAAAAACAUAUGAUAUCAGUAGGUAUUUUUCAAUUAAAAUUGGUUUGUCCAGAUAAGAACCAGUCUAAAUUGGCAAAGUAUACAACUUGUGUUCUAAAAGUGUAAUAACAGAAUCAAAUCAGUAAUUGACAAAUAGAUAUAAGAAGAUGUGGUAUGAGUGCCAAUGAGACAACUCUCCAUCCAAGUAAAAAUUUAUAAAAGUAAACCAUUAUAGGUCAAAGUACGGUCUUCCACACGGAGCCUUGGCUCACACCGAACAGCAAGCUAUAAAGGGCCCCAAAAUUUACUAGUGUAAAACCAUUCAAAUGGGAAAUAGACAAUUAGCAACAAUACAUAUCAGUUUAAUAUUAUUAUUUAAAUUAGUAUGGGAGUAUUCAAUCAUCUUGAUUCACAAAUUAUGGCUUUGAUUUUAACUGAAAUAUGCAAAUUUUAAUUAAGAAAUAGAACCUUUUAAUGGGACAUUUCAUUUAAGUCAAGACAUUCAUUUGAUUGUAUCAUAUGGUAGUUGCCUACUAGUUGGUGGUAAUUGUGAAAUAUAUAAAAAAAAAAAGCCUCAUAAGGAAAUAUAACUCAGAUAGUUUUAUAUUGAAAUAAAAUAAUUUGUUGUAAAUUUAUGUUUUAAUAUGCUGCAAAAAUAUGAGUUCAGAGGCCCACUUUUUUCUUGUUAUUUCCCGAGAGCAUUUUAUAAGUGCUAUCUGCACAUAUUUUAUCUUCAAAAAUCCAUCAUUUAGGUUUUUUUUAUAGUCCCAUAUAAGUUCCUUUUCAUGAAUAUUUUGUACAAAAUAUGAGAAUUCUAUCAGCCUUUAGCUUGAAGACAAGCAUUGUGAUCUAUAUUUUUUCUUAUAUUUUGAAAAGAAGCACGAUAUAGAUUACAUUUUGACAAAGUACAGAAUAAUUCUUAUUUAAUGUUUACUCUCAUACUACCUUAAAUGACAAAGCAGGAAGACCUACAACAAAGUCAAUAUUAGACUAAAUUAUAACAAAUUAAAUGUAAGCUGGCAUGUCAGUUAACUGCUAGUAGUCUGUUGUUAUUUAUGUAUUAUUGUCAUUUUGUUUAUUUUCUUUGGUUACAUCUUCUGACAUCAGACUCGGACUUCUCUUGAACUGAAUUUUAAUGUGCGUAUUGUUAUGCGUUUACUUUUCUACAUUGGCUAGAGGUAUAGGGGGAGGGUUGAGAUCUCAUAAACAUGUUUAACCCCGCCGCAUUUUUGCGCCUGUCCCAAGUCAGGAGCCUCUAGCCUUUGUUAGUCUUGUAUUAUUUUUAAUUUUAGUUUCUUUUGUACAAUUUGGAGUUUAGUAUGGCGUUCAUUAUCACUGAACUAGUAUAUAUAUUUGUUUAGGGGCCAGCUGAAGGACGCCUCCGGGUGCGGGAAUUUCUCGCUGCAUUGAAGACCUGUUGGUGGCCUUCUGCUGUUGUCUAUUCUGUGGUCGGGUUGUUGUCUCUUUGACACAUUCCCCAUUUCCAUUCUCAAUUUUAUUUCAUGUAAUUACAAGGGAACCUAUCAAGUUUUUUUUUAGAAUGGCAUGAAAUAGAAAAUAUUAACCAACACUUAUAAGGUUAAAAGUUUGGCAGGAAGUCAAGUUUUGCGAGAUUGAGUGCUUUGAUUUUAUCUACUGUAUGGGGCAAGUCAUCUAACUCAAAUCAAAGUCAUAUUCAUAAGGAACUUUAAUCCUUUUUGCUGUACAAAAUGUUUCAUAACUUAUCCCAAAGCUGUUACGGCCAUGUGAUCAUUUUACAAGUAAUCAUUACUUUUUAUAUAUUUUCUUGUAAAACAUUUUAUAGCAUCAUGUUUUACAGCAUCCUUUAUGUAACUUUUUGUUAAGUUGAAGCAGUCAAUUGAGCAAUUAUAGUUUCAUUAUUCUUUGUUGUUAGUUCAGUAUGUCUCAAAUAAAGAAAACAUUCCAGAAGUAGUUGCCAAAUAUGUUCAGUUAUCAUUUUGCAAUCAUCUUUAUAUUCCAGGGAAAUGUCAAUUGAUCUGAAUCUGUAUAUCUAUCUGAAUACAUCUUGAUGUAUUAACAAAACAAUGAGAAAUAAAUAACUACUGUAAAGUUG